ACUACACCCAAAGUCAAUUUCACACUGGAGUUCUCCUUUAACCCUUGUAUGGUGUUCGGGAGUAGCACUUUUUAAAAGAAAUGUAACAUAAGAAAGGUAAAGGGCAUAUAUUAACCAUGUAAGCUGUUUAUAUUGCUAGCAAUUUAGGUGAAGCAAGCAUGUGUAAAGCAUUUUAAUGUAAAAUUGCUUAAUUUUGCUGAAUUAAAUACAAGUAACAAAGUAAACGAGUAACAAAAAUAUGAACACCACACAAGGGUUAAGUAUACUUCAUUUUCACAAGCGUAGUCCACACAGUGGUCAGUGUACCUCCUAAACAAAACAGACUACCUCACCUGGCCACGUGCUCCUCCUCAUUCACUUUUUUUUGUUAGACACUUAGCCAGUCAUCGAAACUGGUGUGUCAGGCUGUGUGUGUGCGUGUGUGUGUCUUAACCCCUGACUCUGCAGCUCAUCCAGUCAGACUGCAUUCUGUCCUUCUGACACAGAGAGAGAGAGAGAGAGAGAGACUCAGUUUACGCAACCUCAACAGUCAAUUUUCAUCAAACCUGCUCCUGCUACACUAACUAACCAUCCAAGCUCCACGCGCUCCAGAAUUCCCAGUACUGGAACUUUACUGGGAUACUGGGACUGAACUCUUCCCAGUUCCAGCAGUUCCACCAGUCCUGAAGUGUUUCUGCCGGGUCUUCCCCUCUCAGGGCUAACCCCUCCGGCCGAGGAUGGAGGAGGAUGAGGCGCAGGACAGCGAGUGCCCGGUCUGCUACGAGAAUCUGCUGGACAGCGCGCGGACGCUGAGCUGCGGUCACGCCUUCUGCCACGACUGCCUGGUCCGCACGCUGGUCAGCGUGAGCCGGGAGGGCGCGCUCACGCGGGACAGCAUCGUCUGCCCGGUCUGCAGACACCUCACCUUCAUCACCAAGCUCCAGGGGCUCGUGGGGCGCGCGGGCGAGAAGGAGCAGAAGAUCCUGGAAGUGCCGUCUACGUUCGUCGCGCGCCCGGGCAGCGGUACCGGCGAGCGGCUCCGGUGGAUCCGUCCGUGUGUACGGUGGGUUCUGUCCAGGCUGGGGCGGCAGAGACUGGUCUGUCCCAAAGACUCGCUGCAGGUGUUUAUUAUAAGCGAUAUGGGGCGACCCAUGGCUGAAGAUGAUGUUAUAGACGUUGGGACCAACGUGGGGGUCCAGGAGAACACUGGUGGGGUUGGUGGUGGUGGUCAUGGAUGGACGGUGUGCACCACCUCCCACUGCCUGCUGAUCCUUCUUAUAGCUUUUACUGUGCUGGCACUGGUGGCUGCAACGCUGCCAUGGGUUCUGCUGGCCUAGAGCUGAUUAUAUAGAGCACUUCAUGGUUCUUCAUGGACCUUCAUGGAUCUUUAUGGACCAUUGUGGAUCUGUCUGUCUGGUUUUUGGUCUGUAUUGAAGUUUCAUGACCUGUAAACCAAGGUGAAAUGUGAAACGUGGCCUAUACGUGGGCUUCAGGUGGGCAUGAGUGGGCUCUGAAUGGGUUUGUACUAGGGGUUGCAUGACUACUGGUACUAAAUGUUUACUAUUCUACUAUUUUGACAACUUUUAACAUUACAUUGCAUUACAUUACAUUUGGCAAAGCGACUUUUAAUGAUGCACAUUUUGCAAUAGAUGACACAACAGGGGGGCAAUAGUGGGAUAGAGAAGGAAAGGAAGGGAAUGAAAGAAGGAAAUGAGGUUAGAAGUAGUUAAGUUAGUUUUGUUAGAGGUGUUAGGAGAGUAUGUGGUCUUUAAAGAGCUCUGUUAGGGUUACUCCUAUUCUGGUAUUAGUAAGUAGCUUGUUCCACCAUUGGGGAACUUGGUAGAAGAACAGUCUGGAUUGCUUUAUGUGCAACUUGUAGUCGAUUACUCAUGAUUUCCAUUGGUAAAGCAAAAAUAUAGCAAAGCAAACUCAGAGGGCAGCUAUUUUUAGUUUAGAAAAAUAGCAGAAAGUCAAAUUUCAGAAUGCGUUCUGUCAUACUACCACAGAUGUACCACGCAUAGCACUGAAUGCUUUAAGCAUUUUAAGCUGAUUAUGCUCCUUCUGACCUGUCGACCACUCCCUACUGCUGCUUCAAGUUGAUGUUCUGGUUAAUCAACUAAUCACUUAGUCAAUGCAACCCCUAAUGUACCUUUUUUUACUAGGACCAAACAGGGCUUUUCAAAUGAGCCCCAUCAUUACAACCCACCUUAAUCUCACAUGUGUCCCAUCUAGGCCUAGGUGUGCAGGGUAGAAGGUAGAACCCAGGGUAGAAGGUGGAACCUGUGGAAGAAACUUUCUGGAUCCGAGUUUGCCUAUUCGUACAGGCCCCACAUGGCAUGUUAUCUGGGUCUGGCUUUAGUCUGUUUUGAAACAACAUGAACUGUAAUAUGACCAUUUUCAAAAACCAGAAACUGUCGAGGUUUCUUCAAGUAAAGAUUUUAAGAAGAAAAGUAUUUCCUGAAGGGUUCCUGAAAGCAUAUCUCCUUAAGGAACUCAUGUUGCAAAGAAAGAUUCAUGUUGCAAAGAAAGAUACUUUUGCAAAUGGAAAGAUGCUUAUUGUAAAUGUUAGAAAUAUAUAUAUUUUAAUUUACUUAUUAUUAAACUGAUCUAUGAUUAUUCGGCCUGUUUUAAUUCUUUCCUACCUGAAUUAUGUUCCAGUGAUGGAAAAAAAAUAAGAAUAUAAGAAUGUUGUUUUAUUCUGUAAUAAAACAAAAAAAACAGGACUGUAAUAUUUAGCAUUUUUAUUUUAUAUUUGAUACUGACCUUUUUAUGUCACCAACCAUCUCUAAACAGUAAAAUAUAGAUAAUAAAAAGAGUUUUAAACCACAUAAAAUUAGUAAAAAAAAAAAAUUUUAUUGUGUGGUUCAUGGUCUAUUCUGAUGGACAACAGGCCGUCAAUAAGUACCAUUAUGUGCAACAAAACAUAAAAAUAAAUAAUUGUAAUGGACACAGGGUCUGAUAGGGUUAAGAGGUUGGUAGAGCAGCCUUAAGCCAUAUUCAGCAAACACUGUUAUGUUAUGUCAAUGUUGUAACAUCCUGUUAUUUUGGACAAUAUAAAAGUCCUUCAAGGACCUCAUGGUCUGUUUUAAAGCUUUAUGUCCUGUAAACCCAAAAAAAGCUGCUCAUCCGAGCAAAACAUACCUACUCUAUGGUGGCAAGCUAGCUGGCUAACUAGCGCUUAACUAGCAUACUGUAUGUUACUGGUUAGAAUCUAAGCUGGUUGACCAUUUCAACCAGCUUGAGCUGAAAAUGCUUUUUUUCCACCAGGGAAAUGACCACUUUUGAAAACGAUUCAAGUUGUGCAUAGCAAAUAAAGUAUUUUUAAGUGGUUUCAAUCGA